UGAAAAACAACCCCCCCCUCCCCCAACCCACGCUUUCCUUUUCCUUUCUCCUUUUUCCUUUCUCUGUGUUUCUACCCUUUUUCUUUUGGAUCCAAAAUAAAGUGAUGUUUUUGCUCGUCCUCCCUAUGUAGCUGCUCACAUUCUCAUCAUAAGCAUCUCCAUGCAUGUUCCCAAGGGAAGUACUGUAAGAUAUCGAUGUUCUAAGUAUAUUCAACUAUUUUCAUGGCGUCGCUGCCUGUAUUCCCCCCCCCCCCAAAGGAUUAUGUUCUUUUCCUUCAAAAGCAAAAAACCCUAGCUUUUGCUUAUUGUUGAUGUAAUUUUGCUUUCUUAAUGAAUAUUCAUCUUGCUUCCAAUUCAUAUCAUUUACUUCAGCAUUUUCUGUAGCUUAGCUAUUAUGGGCAUUAGCAUUUCAUCCAGUAUACUUCAUUUUUCUUUCUGGAUUUUCUCAUUGGUACCUUACCAUUCUUGCAUAUGGUUAAAUAUAAAAUUACAUUAAAUUCAAUCUUUAAAUGGAAAUUAAAACUCUCCUACCAUUAUUUUCUUCCUCCAAGAACUAGCACCUAAUGAAAAAUUUCAUGUCAUUGAUCUAUUGAAUGCUGAGUUGAUGAGGGAUAUGUCACUGUUUCAUCUCUCUCUACAUCUUCCCAAACCUGUUAAAUUAGUAUUUAUUAAAUCUUAUAAAAUGGAAUAUUUAAGCCUAAUGGUAGUUUGACUUUAUACAAUUUCGACAUGUAGCAUCACCCAUUACAACAUAUGAUUGAUAAUGAAAGGUAACCUUUUUAAUAUAUAAUAGAAAUCCAUUAACCCUUUCUUUUUGUGGCCAUAUAUUUCAGUUCAUUCAUCAUGUUGGUUUAUGCAUUAUAAAAUCCAAAUUGUCAGCCUCUUACUACAGUUAAGUAAUAUUCUUAUAGUAUUUCUUUAUUCACUAUAUAAUCAUGUCCUUAUUUGUAUAAUAUAUACAUAACCUUCUUUCCCUGCAAAUGGAGGUUUUACUUUUCUUCUCCUCUUUUCCUUUUGUGAGGAUGCUCAUCUUUCCUCUAUAAUCUGUCCAGGAAUUUAGCAAACCAUCUCUGCAUGUCUUCUCUACAUCUAGAAAAUUUGUUCUCAAUUCCUGAAGCCACAGAUGAAUAUUUAUGGCCACUGACACAAGAUAACAAAGAUGAUGGUAAGAAUUUCUCAGCUUCCAUUCAAACAGAUGGUCAUCAAUGCUCAUCAUCAUCGUCCCAAGCUGUCAUGGAUAAUGUAAAUGGGAAUAAAUUGGAUCCCGUUUUGGCUCUUGAUCAAGGAAUUCCUGCACUACUAUCAGAUUACACCAUUGAAGAUAAUGCGAGAACUGGUGAUCAGCUUGGUACAACAAGCAAGUUCAUUUUAGAAUCUGUUGAUCACAACAUCGUGGGAGAAUCAAUGGAAAGCAUACUUGAUUACCCCAUUGAUGUCAGUUUGUCGGCACCUCUUGAAGAUUUGGACGACAUAGAUUUGGUUCCGCAUGAAAGUAGCAGCCGACAGCUUCCUAGUACGUAUCAAGAAACUGGGGAUGCUCAUAUCAAUGCCAAACGAAUCAGUUCCAAGACUAGGGGAAGAAAUCAUAGGUUUAAGCAAGGGUUAAACAUGGAGGAUAACGGAGAAGGAACAACAAUGAAGAAGCAGGAACAUAACGCCAAGGAGAGGAUUCGAAGGAUGAAACUGCAUGCAGCUUACUUGGCACUUGGAGCUUUGCUUCCUUCAGAUUCCACCGGAUCAAAGAAGAGAAAGAGUACGGCGCUUAUAAUUGACAGAGCAGUUGAAUACAUACCAGAGCUGGAGAAAGAAAUAGAGAAGCUAACUCUGAGGAAGAAUGAUAUGUUGUCAACUAUUAAAAACAAGAAAUCUUGUGCCGUGCUCAAUCACUUUCAGCUCCGACAACCAUCGGUUUCGGUGCAUGAAAUCAAACAAGGUGAAUUUAUAGUACAAAUAUGCACCCAAGAAUAUCCAGAUUGUUCUUUCUUAAACCUACUGCACAAUGUAGAAGAAGAAGAAGGUAUCUGCAUUAUAAGUGCUUCAACGCACCAAGUUUCGGAUCAUGGACAUUGCUACCAUUUACAUAUACAGAUGCAUGAGAGGUUAGAUGGAGAAAAUCAUAUUGCAAGUUUAAGAGAAAAGGUAAUUUCAUGGUUAUGCUAAUUCCCUAAUUUAGUUUUGGUGAUAAGGGUUGUUAAUUCCCUAAUUCGACCUGGAAUUUGACUUGGGAUUCGACCCUAUAUAAUAAAAGGUGACAAAUAUUUUAAAGGGAGGACCUUCUUCUUCUCUGUUUCUAGAUCAGAAUUAUCUCUCGUUUCUCUUUACACCCGUUGGUCCAAUGUGUAAACAAAGGUUAUUUUGUUAGUAUUUUGUUUAUUUUUCACAAAAUAUUACAAAUUAUUUUGUGAUAACAAUUAUGCCACUAUUUUCCUUCUAGUAAUUCAGGAUGGAUGAGAAUAAUUAAUCAA